UUCAUCUCAACCAUCAUCUCCGCAUUUUCUGUGUACGCAUUUGACAGUACAAGCCCACCGAGCCAGUCACUCUCACCUCCCACCUUCAACGAUCCCCAACUUUUUCUGCUCUCUUUCCCCACGGCCUGCAACCCCUCUCCCUCAAGUAUAGCUUUGUUUUGCAUCAAACGAAAGAAAGAAUACACUUUACCGUGGUUCACCUUAUACCAUCACUCAUGACUCUUGGGAUAGUCACAAGUCUUUUCAUCGCAUUAUCCUACAUUCGCUUACAUGGACAUCAGGGAUCUUCUCGUCCGUCACGAGAAGCUUUGCCAUCUCAACGAUGGAGCCAGCAACAACAAUAAUAACGCCAGCAGUAGCAGCAGCAGCAGCAACAACAACAAAAAUGCGAACCACAAAGAUGGUAACAAACGACGCAAAACGUCUUCGUCAAGCGUCGUGUCUCCACCUCCACUAGAGAAUCAUACCGAUAUUCAAAUGAAAACUCAGCAUAGGCCAGCAACGCAAUCUCAGUUCCCCAGCGGCAGUAUUCAGCCUUCCAUGGCCUCGUCUAUUCCAUCUGACUCUAGGCUUUUAUCAAGAGGUCCGGCUUGCAAUCUUGAUCUGCUUUCCGAUGCGGCCACGCACCUUGCCUCCGGUGGUGAGGUCAACAACUUACAGCACAUGCAGCCGACUAUGAUGCAAGGACUCUCGCAACAGCAACCCGAUCUCCCCCCGGCCAAGUCUUACCAGGACUCCAUGUCUUUCGCAAAUCACAAUCCAAAGCAGGAACCUGGCGCUAUGAAUGGAGGAUAUUGUACGCAACCCCCGGGCUCCGAAUUUGACCCCCUCUUCAUGGAUGACUAUGCGUCAUCGCACGCCUUCCCUUCUCUCUUCGACGGGGAAGCACCGUUUAGUAUGUGGUCUCGCCCUGGACCCGACAGCGGACUACGGGGUGGCCCCUCGAAGCCCAAUUCGACAUUUCCUUCGAGGUUUCCGUCGGUACAGCCGGAGCUUCGAGAUGGUCCAGACGGGAGUGCCAGACUGCAUGCUGAUACGAUGAAAGCAGCAAAUUUGACGAUUUCGGCAAAAGACCAUUCCGUCAUGAAAGCCAAGCUCGAUGAAUUCUCUUCGGUUCUGCCCAGCAACUUCGUGUUUCCUUCGCGCCAUACUUUGCAGAGAUUCUUGGAGGGCUAUUUCACUGGGUUCCAUGACCAUCUUCCCUUCAUUCAUCUGCCGACCUUUUUACCCGUGGAAGCUUCCCCUGAAUUGCUACUAGCCAUUGCUUCCGUAGGUGCCCAGUACCGCUUCGAGCGAUCUAGAGGCCAUGCGCUCUGGUAUGCCGCCAAAGCUGUUGCCUUGGAACAGAUCCGACGACGAAAUAGUUACGAAGUGCAGGGCCUUCUACCGACUUCGGCGGCAUAUAGCCCCCAUUCCACGAGACCAUCACCGAGCUCAGGGUUUCGACACUCGUAUCCUUCUGUUCAUCGAGACCGCCCGGUCACUCAAGACACACACCGGGAGCCCUACUCCCCUAAUACCCCCCAGUCACGCCUCGAGACCAUUCAAGCAAUGCUUCUUCUUUUCGCCAUAGGUCUGUGGGGGGCCAAAGCCAUCCUCCACGAGGCACUGUCCCUGCAGAGCCAACUUGCCCUCUUGGUCAGGGAAGAAGGUCUCCACGGCGAGCCCAACCAAGCGCCCGACUGGGAGAGUUGGGUACGCACCGAAUCAGCGACUCGAACGAAGCUGAUAGCAUACUGCUUCUUCAACCUCUGCAGUGUUGCGUACAACACGGUCCCCCUACUCCUUACAUCCGAGGUCCAGCUCUAUCUGCCCAAUGCCACUCGUUUGUGGAGAGCAGGAGAUGCGAACCAGUGGCAAGAAGUGCGACAAACCUCUCCCAAUACCGAAGUCCCUUUGCCAAUCGCGUUUUCUCGGUUGUUCAAUCGUGGGAUUCAGGGCCCGCCUCCACAACUCACGUCACUGGGUAACUACGUUCUUAUCCAUGCUAUCCUCCAGCACAUCUUUGUGCUCAAGCAGGCAACUUUUGCCACGUCCCUGGGAAUGCAGAGAGCCCUAAGAGGGCAGGAGAAUGAGGAUAUUUGUCAAGCGAUUCGAGUGUGGUUUCACAGUGUUGAGCAGCAACGACACGUAGAGGGGUUCGAUACGUGGGAUCCUGUCGACUCCAAUUCGGUGGCCUUGCACAGGGUGGCGUUCAUCAGGCUGAAUACGGACUUGAAUUCGAGUCGCCAUCUCGAAUCGCGUGCUUACAACGCCGCUGGGCGGGCCUAUGCGGAGGCACCUCUGCUUUUGCGUGGUAUGCUACUCAAUCGUGCAGUAUAUCAAGCUAUUCAGGCACUUGGCCCGCUGGUCAAGAUGGGCGUCAACUACGUGGCGAGGACCAAGUCGCCUGAAUGGGGCGUGCAACAUUCCAUGAGCAACAAUGAAUGCGCCGUCCUAGUAUCCAAAUGGCUCUUGACCCUCGCGUCCAUCGGCCCAACCGACCCGCCGAUAACAUCCGAAGAAAGCCAGCUCCUCGAGGGCCUCCGCCGCAUGUUAGACGAGACCGAGUUCGCCGUUCCCAUUGACCCGGCUAUCGGCGGAGGGGCACAACAAAAUCAUAACCACCAGCAGAGGUCGACCGACGGGCCAGCUACCGACCCCACCAACCUUCGCCAGCUCGCGGCGGCCGUAGUCAGGUUAUGGGCCGAGACGUUUAGGGGCACUCAUAUCUUUGAGUUUGUGGACAUGAUGGGUUCUGGGCUGGAAACCUAUGCGUAUCAUAUUGAGAAUCCAAGGGACAGGACGCCGUUGGCUAUGGGGAGGAUGGGUACCAAUCAUCAGAUGCAAAUGUAGUGAGGGGCAGCAUGAUUGACUGAUUUGGGAAGAAGUCAUUGGUAUAGGGAUAGGUGAACAAAGGGACAGAGGCUCGGUGUCUUCUUGUUUGGGAAAACAUUACACUGGCGGGAUGUCAUGGCGUUACCCGCCGGUCCGUAUGGGCGUUGAACAGGCGGUUUUUGGAAAGAAAUGGGUGAUAAUAUAGAAACCAUCAUAUUACAAUUAACGUUGAUGUUAGAGAACCGCCAAUUCAAUUGAGGAGACACGGUUUCUUCGUAUAACGCAGAACCAUACUUGUAAGGUUCUAUUAUCGUGGAAAAGCCUUACAUUCUAC